GUGGAGAGUUGUCUACUUGUGUGAAUUUUUAAUGGAUUCUCUGUUUACAGUCGACAGGGCGUGUUCUAUCCAUUGCUAGAGUAUCGGGAAAAAAAGGUUUUGACGUGCAAUAAAACAAAAACACGGCUGUGAAGAUUUUUAUUUAUUUUUUUUAGCGGGGUUGGGUUUUCUUUUUGUCAAAAGGGGUUUCUGAUGUCCACUGAGAGGAAACAAAAGGUCACUACAAACCGGAAAACAUUUGUUGUGCAACACAGAAACAAGUUGCGCAACAAAGACCGUGCAGACGUGAAACGCUGCAGCCCCGAAUCCAUCUGAUAAUAAAAGAGGUGGCCCGAUAGGCUGCACAUCCCUGAUCAGGGUUAGAAGCCGAACCUUUUUUUCGAAUACAGAAUCACAAUAUAGAAUUGUUGCCAUGGAGUGGAAAGAUUUCUGGACGCGUAAGAAACUGGAGGAGCUCUGUGACCUUUGGGAAGCAAAGCCCUCUCUGUACAACCCCAAAGUCCGUGAAUAUCACGACAGAUGGUGUAGAAAACACGAUUCCGAGGAAAUUGCCCAGCAAUUGGGUACCACUGGAGAAGAGGUACUCAAAAAAAUAAAAAAUCUGAAAACUCAGUAUGCCCGGGAGAAACGAAAGGCAAGCACUGCUCAGAACGGGUGUGGCGAAGCCUUUCUCUCUAAGUGGUAUUUGCUUCCACUAUUGAAAUUUCUGGAUGGUUUAAUAGCAUCCAACCCACGGGCUGCGAAACCCAAUUUAAAGACUCCCGAGAACAGUGCCCGUCAGACCGUCGAGGACGUAAGCGCAGGAGAACUGACCGAAGAUGAGAACGACGUGGGCGCGGAGGAGGACAGCAGAGAAGGGAACCCUCUGCCGCGCUUAACGAAGCGCGCAGCAGGCGGUCACGUCGCUGCGAGAGGGACAAACAAACGGAAACGAAAGGCUAAUGAAGCAGCUCUCUUUGCCAGAGCCGCUUCGUAUAUACAGACAAUCUCGGACAAUUUUGCUAAGGGAAGGCUAGCCUCCCAGGAGGAUGCCUUUGACAUCUUUGGCAAACACAUAGCCUCAGAACUCAGGCUGAUGGAAGACGCUCAAAUGCAAAAAACGGCACGGUUGCGUAUCCAGCAGGUCUUGGUUGACGUCCAGCUGGGGUCAGCCCAGCCGCCGCCUCCUAUCCCUGUGCCACAUCACCCUCUCUGCGGUCCGGUCAUCGCCAGCUGCAGCCCAGCGCCAUCGUUUUUCCAUGUUAUUGCUCCGGAUUCUUCUAAAACCAACACCCACGCCCAGAGUGAAAGCAAUGCAGUAUCGUAUAUCAAAACUUCACCUUCUCCGUAGGGACGAGCACACAUCCUCAUCAAUUCCUCUCUUCCGUGAGACCAGCGUGGAGGGUCAGGACCUUUGGAUAGUUGAUUGGGAUCAUUCGGUCUGAGGGGGACACAGCUGUUUUGUGGUAGUAGCUUAAGUCUUCCGCUCAUCGUUGGAGAACGUUUCGUCCGUUCCAGCAUCGCACUGAGCUGGAGUCUUAACUCGGCAGACGGAGGGCACAAGGCAGGAUGCAUCCUGGAUGGGACUGAAACAUGCAGACUCCACACAGAAGGUGCCUCAAGCCGCCACAGCUGUGAGGCAAUAUCACACUGACUGCUACACCCCCCUGUCUUCCAAUAUUGCCGUUUGUAUUUAUUAAAAAAGGAGGCAUGGUUCUUCUAUGAACCAAACGUAUGCAUCCACAGCAAAA